AUGCCUUUGUUUUUACUUCUAGAUCAAUAUCAGGAUCCUCUCAACAAUUCAGAUAUUUUAAGUGAAAUGACACUCAUUGCUGAUAACCUGGAGAAUCUCACAACUUCAAAAAGUACGUUUAGGAAAUCAAUGAGUGUAGGGGAUUUGCAAAAAUUAUGUGACAACAUUCAUAAACUCAGGAGUGGGAAAGUGUAUAUCAACGAAGAAUCAAAUCAAGAAUCCGUUGAAGAAACUUUUGAGGAGGUAAAAUAUGGUUCGUCAAAUUCAUUGUAUGAUGACACUAGUUGUUCCACUACUUUCUUCAGUAAUAAAAGAACAACGAAGGACUUCAUAAAUCGAUUAGCGCAACCCAAACGACAGUUUAAGUCAGACCAACAUUUAAAUAAAGAUGAAUAUGUGCCGAUGGCAGAAGCGCUAAAAAAAUUCCAAAAUGCUACUCCUAAACGUUUUCGCACCAAAGUAAGUGUUUCACACGAACCUUUAAAAUGUACUAUACCACAAUCGCCCAAACUACAAACAACAGUAAGAAGUCGCCCAGUCCAUGUACUCUCCUAUGAAGAACAAGAAAGAAUGGCAGCGGAUGAGGCAAAAAAGACACAAUUUAAAGCGCAUCCUGUAAACAAAAAAGCUCUCCAGCCACCUACACCUCCAGUUUCGAAAGGAAAACGAUCUACAAUACCAGAACCCUUUAAAUUAACAAGUGUUGGACCCAAAAAGAUCGGCGAAUCUCCAAAGAAGGUGCAAACUACGUUCCAUGCAAGACCUGUACCAAAAUCUAUAUACGAAAAUAAUGUACCCAAAAUCAAUCAUUCUUUGAGGACACAUGUAACUAAACCUCAUACACCAUCAUUUAUGAAAAAAUAUAACUCCAAUCCUAUUAAAGCGAUUCCGAACAAAAAUGAAAGUAUCUUACAACAACAACCUAACGCUAAAUUAAAGGCAACCAAACCCUUACCAUUUAGUUUUGAGUUACGGGACCAAUGUACAAAAAGUCGAAGGGAUGAGUUAAUACGAAAAUGCAUCGAAGCAGAACAGAAAGCCAGGGAGUUUCAUGCCAAGCCAGUACCUAAAUCAGUAUUGGUACCGUCAAAAAGGGUUAAUACCAGUUGUAGUUCUCGAAACAGUUUAUUGGGUACUGUGAAAACGGUAAGUAUACUUAAUGCAUUGUUCACCAGAAAUUUACAUAAACAAAAUAACUACAGGGGCAACAAUAUUAACUUUUACAAAUGGUUAUAA